AUGCUGACCCUCUGGGCCCUGGUCAUCACACUAGCUGCCCAGGCAGAAGCAGUUGACCCGCUGAGCCUUCCUUCUGGGUUGCCAAAUCUUUCUGGAGGAAGACCCAUUCUACAAUCUGGACAGUUCCUCAGAUAUCCCGCAAUUCCAAAAGAAUCUCCAUUCAUAAAAUAUCUAUCUGAGACUCCAAAACCCAGUUGUUCCCCUGUGGCCAAGUUCUUCAUGUCUAGCAGCCAGCUCAAUGAUUAUCUGAACAGCACUCUGCCCCCGCAGAUUGAGGAGAUACUCAAGUGUAAAGAAGUGGACCUGGCUGGUUUGCUUGGGACAGUGUUAGAAACAGUAUCGAACUUGGACUUGCAGUCUCUCUUAGACCUCACUUCUCUUCUCAAUAUCCUUGGUGGUGGUGGCCAGAGUGGUCCCCAGGACAAGGGGACCAGCAGCAAGUCCUCAAAUCUCCCAUUGCCAUCACUCUCAAAAGCUACUGAUGCUGUCAGUAACCUGAUACCCUUGGCCCAAGGGAUCCUGGGAAGCCUAUCAUCCAAUGGUGCAAAGAGGGAUCCUGGAAGAAAAGCUGGCUCUUCUCUCCUCUCUAACCUCCCCCUGAGUGGUGUGCUCAGCCAAGUCAGUGAACCCCUGAGUGGUGUGCUCAACACAGUGGGCGAGGUCACAGAAUCCACCGAGGGCAUACUGAACAGUGUGGUGCCGGGUGGCAUCAGUGAUGCACUCUCGGGCCUGCUCGGAAAUAUUAACCUGAAAGAUCUCCUGCUGGGAUUAGAGGUUCAAAAAGCAACGGUGGAAGACAUGAUGUCAGAGAUGACAGACCAAGAGAUCCUUGUCCAAGCCUCAACUACUGCCUUCAUUGGUGGAAAAGGCCUAGUAGGACCUGUUAUCAGCCUCCUGGGAUUUCAAGUAAAUGGGGACGUGACUCUGAAAAUUGGGAUUUCCACAAACAGCACCCAAUGUGUCAACCUCCAAGUCCAGGACAUUGACAUCAAGGUCAACAAAGUGUACCUUCAGUUGGUGAAGACGGUCACAGAUACUUUGCCUCUUUCUGUCCCUGUGCCCUUGGAUGACAUCAUUUCUCAACUGCUGACAGUUAAAUUGCAAGAAAAUUUGAAAGAAGCAAAAUCAUGUGACAUUGAUCUCAGUGAUUUCACCGAAUGCAAAAACUCUACUUGGUUGUUCAAAUACUAUAUUAGAAGUCUCCAGGCAUCUGAACAAGGUCUUUCAAUCUUCUACUGUGCUUUCUUUAACGGGAAAGUCCUGAAACCCAGUAGUCUCCUUCCUCCAGAUCCUAAAAAUGCCAACAUUGCCAUAACUCUAUCGAACACAAUGCUCAGGGAAAUCAUCACUGUCAGUGCCGAGCAGAGCUCCAUCAAGAUCAAUAACCUGACUGCACGCAUCACCAGAAUAUCGUACUUCAGCCUGCCAGGCAACAAAAUCCAAGUCACCUACUGGGUUAACGUGAAUGAGGAUGGUGAGAUCUUUGCCCAAGGGCUAACGAGGUUUCUCAUCUCCUAUGCAUGCAAGAUUUUAAAAGGAACAUUGAUGGCAGACCUCAGGAUUCUAAGAUUUAUGCACAGCACGAACCCCCCGGAGGCUAUGGAUGAGGUAAAAGAUGUGAUGUCUGCAGUUAUGAAGAAGUUUGUAUCUACCAUUGCUGAAUUUUCCAAUCUAUGGAAUAUUCCACCAGGAAUAACGUCAAAUCUUCUAACCAAUGCCAAGGUUGAACUACUUAACUCGGACCAGAUGGAGCCAGUGGGCCCUGGCAUCACAGGCAGCUCCAAGCUGCGCUAA